AUGGGGAGGUGUCUGGGGACAUUUCUGUUGGCAUCUCAACACUUCUUGCUCGUUAUUUUCCUCCAGGAGUGUUCUCAAAAAGUUCUAGACGAGGGCAACAUGACGGACUAUAGUUUUUUGCAAAGUUUUUCUUCGUUAGAAAAUACUCUGAAGACCAUUCCCAGAUCUAGGAAAGACAUUUCGUCCUGUUUCUAUUCUAUGCUCGUUUCCCCACAAAAAAUCAACAGUCUUAUGCUGGAGUCCUUGGCGGGAACUUUGCUUGACACAAACGAAAUAACGCUUUCAGAGGUUACCUCCUUCGUCUUUGGUGCAGAUGCAAUAAAUUCUCUCGCGGCUUCCAGUGAGUCUGCAUGCUGGCUGUACGAAGACAGAGGGACCCAAAUAGUUCAAAUUGGAUUUCAAGGAGAAGUGUUAAACACUGUGGAUCUGAAGCGCGAGUGUGACGCAUUUACCAGAGGACCACAUAAUGAAAUCAUAGUUUCACACCUAGAGGAACAGAGUAUGUCAGUAAUUGCAAGUACGUCAUCUAACUUUCAUGAAGAAAAAAUUUCCACGAAACCUUUGGCGCCAGAGGGUGUAACUUUGGCAAAUAAUGGUGGUAUCCUUGUAACAUUAGUUGAUGAUAGCACGAAAUUUACUUUGGAUGCCACAAGCAGACGACUGGUUAGACUCAUGACGUUGUCAGGCGAAGUUACACGAGAUUAUGAAUAUAGAGAGGAUGAAAAUCCAGGUUGUUUACCCUCCCGAGACGAGCGAUUCAGAGAAGAAACGGCGAUAUGA